AAGGGAAGAACAGGGAAACCACGCUGCCGUGACUCACACACACUCACUCACACACACACACACACGCGCGCCGAGGACUCCUCGUGGCGGAGCCGGCCCGAGCAUCAGACCUCUGAGCGGACCGACAGAGGGGAGACACCGGACAGGAGGGAGAUACGGGAAGCUCCGCGGAAAAGAGGAAACAAGUCAGACAGAGAUGUCAGGGCUGAAGAAGAGAAACUCAAACUCCUCCGUGGAGAGAGAGGAGGACAAGCAGCUGACGGAAAGGAUGCUCUCCGGGGACAAGGGGGGCUCCAGCCCGGCCGGAACCCCGGCAGACGACGGUAAGAGCCCCAACAACGUGGCGGCAGGUGCGGGGGAGCAGGACGGGGUCGCCCUGAAGAGGACCAUCACCCUCAUGAACGGCGUGGCCAUCAUCGUGGGCACCAUCAUCGGCUCGGGCAUCUUCGUCACGCCGACCGGCGUGGUGAAGGAGGCCGGCUCGGUGGGUCUGUCCCUGGUGGUGUGGACCGUGUGCGGGGUGUUCUCCACCGUGGGGGCCCUCUGCUACGCGGAGCUGGGGACCACCAUCACCAAGUCCGGCGGGGACUAUGCCUACAUCCUGGAGGUGUACGGCGCCCUGACGGCGUUCCUCAAGCUCUGGAUCGAGCUGCUCAUCAUCCGGCCGUCCUCGCAGUACAUCGUCGCCUACGUGUUCGCCACGUACCUCCUGAAGCCCAUCUUCCCGGUGUGUCCGGUGCCGGAGACCGGGGCCAAGCUGGUGGCCUGCCUCUGCAUCAUGCUGCUGACCUUUGUCAACUGCUACAGUGUGAAGGCGGCCACCAGGGUGCAGGACUUCUUUGCCGCAGCUAAACUUCUGGCGCUCGGGCUCAUCAUCAUCAUCGGCUUCGUCAAGAUUGGCCAAGGUGGCACCGAUGAACUUCUGCCAGAAAAUUCCUUCAAGAACUCCAAGUCUGACUUUGGGAACAUCGGUCUGGCGCUCUACAGCGGCCUGUUUGCCUACGGAGGCUGGAACUACUUGAACUUUGUCACGGAGGAGAUGAUCGAGCCUUACAAAAACCUCCCCCGAGCCAUCAUCAUCUCCCUGCCCAUCGUGACGGCCGUGUACGUUCUCACCAACCUGGCUUAUUUCACCACGCUGUCGCCCGAUGACAUGAUCAACUCGGAGGCCGUGGCCGUGGAUUUCGGUAACUACCACCUGGGCCCCAUGGCGUGGAUCAUCCCGGUGUUUGUCGGUCUGUCCUGCUUCGGAUCAGUCAAUGGCUCGCUGUUCACGUCGUCCAGGUUGUUCUUCGUGGGUUCUCGUGAGGGUCACCUGCCCAGCCUGCUGUCAAUGAUCCACCCGACUCUGCUGACGCCGCUCCCCUCUCUUAUAUUCACUUGUUUGAUGACGCUGCUCUACGCCUUCUCCAACGACAUCUUCUCCGUCAUCAACUUCUUCAGCUUCUUCAACUGGCUCUGCAUCGCCAUGGCGAUCAUCGGCAUGAUGUGGCUCCGUUAUAAGAAGCCCGAGCUGGAGCGGCCGAUCAAGGUCAACAUCCUGCUGCCGGUGAGCUUCGUGCUGGCCUGCUUCUUCCUCAUCGUCGUCUCCAUCUGGAAGACUCCGGUGGAGUGCGCCAUUGGCUUCGGCAUCAUCGCCACCGGGGUCCCCGUCUACUUCAUCGGCGUGUGGUGGAAAAACAAACCAAAGUGGCUGCUGAACGGAAUCUUCACAACAACGGUUAUGUGUCAAAAGAUGAUGGAAGUUGUGCCUCAGGAGUCCUAAAAAAGGUCGACGAAGCCCUUUUUUCCCCCCUUCGGCCAAUCAGAUUACUCCAACAGAGACCCCCAGGCUCAGACGACACAACUGAAGAAGCUUGACCUACGAUGACCCCCCCCAACUUCACCCGCAUCUCUCUGUCUCACACACACACACACACACACACACACACACACACACACACACACACACACACACACACACACACACACACAUAUACACCCUGUCUGCAGGCCGCUGAUAAGGACCUGAUGAAGGCGUCCAAAGCUGCCACUUUUUCAACUGUUUUCCUUUUUAGUUCUUGUUACUUAUUCUCUUGGGUUUGUUUGUUUUUAGUCACUCGUGCAUUGUGGUUCUUUCUUUUUUUUUUUUUUUUUUUAUUUAAACAAUGCAUUUCAAUGAGUUUUCUGUUUAGCUCUCUUUUUUCUCUUCGUGAGCUGUGUAUGACAUGCUCUCCUCCUCAGAAACUUGUCAAUGUGCCUUAUGGGGCAAAAGAGGCAGAACCUGUCGGCCGUGUCGACAAGACGUGAUUUGUCACGUUUAGUCCGUGCAGUUUUUCCCGCGCCGUCGUGCACGUUGCUGCUCGCCGGGUGAUGGCGAUGUUAUGGCAACUUCUGCAUGGCUGCUGAACCUGCGGAGCCCUGUGAUGUGGUGCGGUCGCAGAAGAGAGUAGAGCAUUUUUGCUUCUUUUUUUUUUUUCUCCUCUUUCGUAUUUGUAGUUGAAUUAAAAAAAAAACAAAAAAAAAAAAAAACAACAACAACAAAACAGGGUCCACUAUUUGGCAAUGGUUUUGGGCUUGCUGCAAUUUUCAUCAACUAUAAAUGUAACAGAGAUUUUAAAUACUCCAUUCAGACAGACGGUCUCUAAAUUCAGUAUUGUUUCACUUGAUUGAGUUUAUUGGUAUAGAAAAAUAAGACGGUGCACUUUUUGGCGAAUGUUUUGCAUUGCCUAAAUUUGCAGAACCCGAUUAAUUCAGUUCAAUUGUGUUACUUUACUCUAAUGUACUCUAACAAACUCAACACACGAUAGCUGAAAUAAAGUUUGUGUGUCAUAAAUUAUAUAUAAACAUCUGUAAUUGCAGUUUUAAGGGAGGGGGUGCACUUUUUGGCACUUUUUUUCAGAGCUGUUUCGAUUUGAUUUCCCUGCUUCAUCCUGCUAAAAGUGUUUUUUGAUCCAUUGGGAAAAAAAAAUGUAGGGCACAUUAUUUGGCAAGCAUUUGGGGUUGUGAAAAAUUGCAUACCUUGACUAAUUCAAUUCAACUGACAUUCUUAUGUGACUCAAAAUGCUGUAAUGACCUGCAACCGAUGCUCAAAAUGCAGUAAUAUGUUUAGAUUUUGUAGUAUUUAUAGCUGCAAAAAAAAGAAAAAAGAUUGGGUACAUUUUUUGUCAACAGUGAAUACCUGUCAAAAAGUGCUCUCAGUUAUUCUAUGCAGCAGGAGCUACUUUGGAAUUAAAUGUGACACACACACAUGCACACACACUUUUAUGAAAUCAUUUUAGUGUGAGAUUUGUUCAUUUAAUGAUCAGUAUUAACAUCUGGGGGUUUCGGCUUCAGGGACGCACAUCUGGAGCAGUCAUGCAGAAUUUGGCGUAACACCGGCGACUUCAGCCUGAAGAGUUUCAUCACUCUCCCUCCCUGCUGUCCGCUGUCUUAAGACCCGUGUGUGGCUUCAAAGUAUUGCUUUAAGUGGUGCAUGUACUGUGUGGAGGUGAAGGAAGGCUUUGGGAGUUUCUUUUGCUUCGAAAGAAAAGAAAAGCUGAUCUUUUUAUCAGCUGACAGAUGUUUUCAUGUUACAUGUAACUGCUGUGUUUUAAACUCAAGCAGGUCAGUACAAGGAAAGAAAAAAGCCUGCGAUGUAUUUUCUACAUUUUUUUUUUUUUUUGUUUUUGUCAGAUUUACAAAAGAAAUCCUGACAUGUUUUCAUUCAAAACAUGUGAUCGAGUCGAGUGCAGUCUACUGAUUUCUGAACGUCGCAUUUCCUUGAAACUUUCAGGAGCAAAAAUGGAAACUCGGCACAAAAAGUUGUUGUUCGCUUGGUGGACGGUUGAGUUACGUCUCGGUAAGUGAUGUGAUACGAAUGGAAAACCUGUCGAUUUCUGUUUUAAAUGGUGAACAUUUGUAAGGAACAUGCAUUCAUGGGAUGAGCAGAAGAGUGCGAAGCAAUCUAUCAUGAAAAAAUGAAAAAUAAGUUGGCAACAGUGUAAUAACAUCUUAAUAACUUAAUGAAUGAUUAGCUAGUUAUUAAACUACUGAAGCAAUAUUUCAAAAAUAUUUUCGGUAAUCUAAUAACUGCUGCUAGUAAUGGAAAAAUAAAGAAUAAUAUGAGAAUAUCUGUACCAGAUGACCAAGCUGAAGCUGUGACUCAGUGUUUCAUGCUGUUCAUCCCACAAAUGCAUGUUUGAAUGCUUUAAGCCAAGAAACAUUGUUACAUUAAGAAAAGACAUCACUCACCAAACAUUCUUACCUUUUGUGCGUAGUUUUAAUGGGAAACAGUAUUUUGGAGACUUUGCUGUUCUUUUUUUGUUUUUGUUAUAUUUUUCUGCUGACUCUCAGCUCUGAGCCCAGUUCUCAGCCGUCACACAGUGAGUGUUUUAAGUGACGACGGUUCGACCACACGCUGUGCAAAAGCCGCGUCCUGUAACGGAUGUGCGGCGGAUACGAUCCCGACGCUCCUUCGUCUCGGCGACGGGAUCCUUCUCUAGUGUUACGUUUGAACCUUUCACUGCUGUUUUACCCUCCGUUACAGUGAACCGUUCUUCCGUUUGGGGCUAAUCUGCAUGUGGGUGGAGGCAGGUGGGGGUGGAGGUAUCAAAGAGGACCAAAAUGCUUCAGUCUGUGGAAGGAAACGAAAGAAGGAACCUUUUUGUUUUGUUUGUUUUUGGUGGUUGUGUUACAGAAGGAGCCCAUUUCACAGAAUCACAAUAUGUCCUCCUCAUUUUCUAUUUGUUUUUUUUUUUGUUGUUUUUUCUUCCCCACUUACGUUGACAGUAACAACAGGAAGUUAGUGCUGUAUUAUUAACGUGGACCCUCCUCCGGGCAACGGACCAAACAGCGCUGCCUCUGGACGCAGGAGGGGUUAACGUGUAUGUCGUAGAGGUAGAGCCUUUCUAACACUCCCGCCGUCGCACUGAGCCGAUGGGAAACUAACCCCUAUAAGGCUGUAGAUUGUUUAUUUAUUUAUUUUUUAGAAAGUCUUUUGUUUAUUGUUAUUAGACCCUCUAAUUUGUUUACAGGGCAUUUUGCAGAAAAGUGCUUUACAAAUAAAUCUUGACUUUUUUUUUUCCAUG